UAAAGCGUAACACCGGAAGUGGCGCAUGACAAAUAGCUCGGUACAAUGGCGCCUCUAGAUUUGGAUAAAUAUGCGGAGAUUGCAAAACAGUGUAAAUACCUUCCAGAGAAUGACCUCAAGAGGUUAUGUGACUACGUGUGUGAUCUUCUGCUGGAGGAGUCCAAUGUCCAGCCUGUUUCUACUCCCGUGACAGUAUGUGGGGACAUACAUGGACAGUUCUAUGAUCUUUGUGAACUCUUCCGAACCGGCGGCCAGGUCCCAGACACAAAUUACAUAUUCAUGGGAGACUUUGUUGACCGGGGCUACUACAGCUUGGAGACGUUCACCUACCUGCUGGUGCUGAAAGCCAAAUGGCCCGACCGCAUCACGCUGCUACGAGGAAACCACGAGAGCAGACAGAUCACACAAGUCUACGGCUUUUAUGAUGAGUGUCAGACUAAAUACGGGAAUGCAAAUGCCUGGCGUUACUGCACCAAAGUGUUCGACAUGUUAACGGUUGCGGCUCUGAUGGACGAGCAGAUCCUGUGCGUGCACGGAGGUCUCUCUCCCGACAUCAAAACCCUGGAUCAGAUCCGAACCAUCGAGCGGAACCAGGAGAUCCCCCACAAAGGAGCGUUCUGUGAUCUGGUGUGGUCGGACCCCGAGGACGUGGACACGUGGGCCAUCAGUCCCAGAGGAGCUGGCUGGCUGUUCGGUGCAAAGGUCACAAAUGAGUUUGUUCACAUCAACAACCUGAAGCUGAUCUGCCGAGCUCACCAGCUCGUCCACGAGGGCUACAAGUUCAUGUUUGAUGAGAAGCUGGUCACCGUGUGGUCUGCUCCCAACUACUGCUAUCGCUGCGGCAACAUCGCCUCCAUCAUGGUCUUCAAAGACGCUAACACGAGAGAGCCCAAGCUCUUCAGAGCCGUGCCCGACUCCGAACGGGUCAUUCCGCCACGAACGACGACACCUUAUUUCCUGUAAGCGAGAGGGAAAAAAAGCAAUACGGCUGUUCAGUGCACAGACGCCGCCGAGGACAGAGGCAACAGCACUUCAAACCCAUAUGAAUUGUGUAUAGUAAACUAUAGAGUAUUUGCAGUGCUUUUCUUGGUGCCAACUGUCAACUUUUAUUCCCGUUCUGUGCAUUUAACAGCAUUAUUCUGCAGCUUAAAUCAGAAGCUCAUCAUUGAAGCUGGAAGUUGGAGUGGGGCUGCACAUUUAGCACAUUUUAUAUUGUCUCAGCAGCAAAGAAACUGGAAUAAUCUCUGAGAUGGUGAUGGCUACAGGUGGUAGACUCAUAACUUAAUGCUUUUGCUCACAGUUUUUAACCCUCCUGUUGUCUUCCUGUCAACCAUGGAACUUUCAUCUUCUCAGGUCAAAAUUGACCAGGUCUGGUUUGAUUGUUUAGAAAGGAUAAGAUAUAAAUGAUCACCCAAUGCUGUGAUAAUAUACCUUAUGCUAUAUAAAUAGUCAAACCAGACCAGGUCAGUUUUGACCCAGGAGGACAAAAGUUGCACAGUGGAUGGGAACCAGAUCUGGUUUGACUGUUUAUUAAGCGUAAGAUAUGAAUCAUCACCCAAUUAUGUGUUAGACCUUUUUAGCCAACUUCAUUCCAACUUAUUACCACAGGUUUUACACAUCAUUUUGAAAAUUACAGUCAAUAGGCCAAAAUUGACCCAGGGACAACAGGAGGGUUUAAUCAAUCAGCACCUUUUAGUUUUAUUGAGAAUACAUCAAACGUUAGCGGAAGCUAGCUAGCAGCUACAGCUAAUGCUAUUCAGCAUUUAGUAUUAAAAUGAUCCUGAAGCAGGUUCUGCUGGGUUGCUGUGCCAGAGUCCCAACAGAGUUUCUGACACUAGUUCAGCAGGUCAUGCAAACACCUGUGUUUGUUUUGUACUGUGGUUAAACUGUUAGCUUUAAGCCAUGUUGAACCACAGAAAGAGGAACUGUAAGUUGCCUACAAAAUGAAGGCCAAGAUUAUUGCACUGAAAGUAAAAUUUCUCAGUAGCCUCACGGUUUUCCAUACUGUGAUAUCUCAGCUUUAAAAGGGCUUUGUGUGUAUUGAUGAUUUACAUUAGCCUGUAGCCAUUAGCAUUUCAGAGGUUGAUGCUGUGAAGCAUUUAAUACAUUUAGCACAUUAAUUUUUGGGUGGAAUGUGGUGUUGAAUGUGUACCCCCCUCCAAACCCCUUCCACUUCCAGCUUGCAGUUAGGGGCACUUGGUUUGAACCACAUAGCCAUAGCUGGCUCAUAAAUUUGAACUCCGUCAGCAGCAUGCUGUUGAGAAGUAUUGUAGAGGAAGGAUUCAAAUAAUACAGAAGUCAACUGGCCUUUUGUAAAAUGUUCGUAUUUAUAGAGUUUCAUUUCACUUUACAAUAAUAAAAAAAAUCACUCUGCUGAGCAAAUUGCAGGUAUAGUGUUAUAUAUAUAAAUAUAUACAAUGUUUAAUUUUAUGAUGUCAUGGUAAUGUAUUAAAGUGGGGCGUAAGAUAACGAAGCACUGCACAAAAACAAAAUUGCAUCUAGUCUGACACUUUCAAUGGACUUACCCCCCGACCCCCUGCACUGUUAUCAUGUCAUAUAAAUACACAUGUAAACCUGAGAGUUGGUGUAUAAAAUUUUACUCUGUGUGUUAGCAGGUGCAACACCUGGUACAUUAGAGAAUUCUCUGUCAUUUCCAGAUUUGGAAUCAGCUCUUCGCUCUUGUAAUUAUUAUUUUUCUGUGUAUCACCAUACUUUUUUAAAUAAACAAUUGA